UUUUAUAAGUCGUACAACACCCCCACACAAGAAUUAUACCAACCCUUGCUCAAGUUUAGUUUAUUGGCAAACACACCCAAACGUUGUCGCACUGUUGAAACGCUCAUUGCUCAAUCACUUCCUCGACCGAAUCGGCACAUAAACCGAUGACCGAAUCGGAUUCAGUACCCAAUCUCUCUCGCUCAAUCGCUUCGACGACCGGAUUUUUUGAGCUCACAACUGUCUAUCAGCUACUUCUUCAUCAGUGAUCAUCACCAUAGACUUCCCAAGUUUCAGGUUGUCUAAAAUGAUUUGAAUAACACUUCAAAGUGUACCAAUUUUUUUCAUCGAUUCCCAAAACCAUCUCUGAUUUUUGACCUUUUUGGAGUGAGAGAGACGACGAUCCACGGAUCGUAUUCUCAAUGUUUGCGACUGUAUGUGGUAUAGAAAUAGAGGAGAUGAACACGGCGACGAGAUCAUGAAUCAAAGACAAACCCGAGAGACUUCGCACAAAGGGUUAGCAUCGGGCCUUAACAUUUAGCAAGAACAAGGUUCAAGAAACAUGCCUUCUCAGUCAUCAGAUGUCCUAAAGCCAUUUUGUGUCAACACUAAUACCCAAAGAUGCACGUAGUCACCCACAAAUGAUGUUCUUCAGGUGAUUUGGUUGGAAUCAAACUCUGACAUCUGGUUCCUGAGCCAUUGUCAGCAAUGGCAUCUAUGAAUUUUCGUUCCCUACUUAUGUUCUCAGCAGCUCUUCGCCUCUUUUUAAUUCUUUAUGGUGAGUGGCAAGACACUCAUAUGGAGGUCAGAUAUACAGAUGUUGAUUACCUUGUCUUUUCUGAUGCUGCUUCUUUAAUGGCCUCUGGAACGUCCCCAUACAAACGAUCUACAUAUCGGUACUCACCUUUGAUUGCAUUUCUUCUUAUGCCAAAUUCAAUAAUCCAUCGCUCAUGGGGGAAAUUUCUCUUCUCGGCUUCAGAUUUACUUGUGGGGUUGUUUAUCCACACUAUUCUGAAGCUACGAGGGGUGCCUGAGAAUCUAUGCACCUAUUCUGUGUUGGUGUGGCUCCUGAAUCCAUUUACCUUCACAAUUGGAACCCGGGGGAACUGUGAGCCCAUUGUUUGUGCCAUGAUUUUGUGGAUCAUUAUCUGUCUCAUGAAAGGUAAUAUUUUCCAAGCUGCAUUUUGGUAUGGACUUGUUGUCCAUUUGAGAAUCUAUCCUAUAAUCUAUGCACUUCCUAUCAUCUUAGUUCUUGAUCCUCACUUCCAAUCUGUUCAGAAGCCUGCCCUUGUGAAAUGGAGUUCUAGUAAAGAAAGGUCAGCUCAGAGUCUAAGUAGCAUUGGAGUUACUGAUCCAUGCCAUUUAUGGGUUGCAUUGAUAAACAUGUUUUCUAGAGAGAGAAUUAUGUUUGGGCUUAUCUCUGGGUCUGUCUUCUUCUUUUGUACUUGGUUUUCCUUCUAUCUAUAUGGUUGGGAGUUCUUGCAUGAGGCGCUGCUGUACCAUCUUACGCGUACAGAUCCAAGACACAAUUUUUCCAUAUAUUUUUAUCACAUCUAUCUACGCUACAACCAUGAGUUUUCAAUCUUAGAAAAACUCAUCUCUUUUCUGCCCCAAACUAUUGUGCAGCUAGUUCUCAUUUUCCGCUUCGCGCAGGAUUUGCCGUUCUGUUUCUUUCUGCAGACAGUAGCAUUUGUAGCAUUUAAUAAGGUCAUAACAGCACAGUACUUUGUGUGGUUCUUCUGCCUGUUGCCUCUAAUACUGCCAUGGUGCAAUAUUAAAAUUAAAUGGGAAGGGUUGUCCUACAUUUUAUUAUGGAUGGGAGCUCAAACUCAUUGGUUGAUGUGGGGUUAUCUGCUUGAAUUUAAAGGCAAGCAAGUCUUUCUUCAGCUCUGGGCGGCAGGCUUAAUGUUUUUAGCUGCUAAUACUUUUGUCCUCAUCGGUAUUAUCCGUCACCACAGAUAUGUCCCGUUAUUCGAUCGACAUGCAAGUUCGAAGAAAACAAUGAAACAUGAAUGAGGGAAUGGGCCCCAAUCACCACGCUGAAAUCUUUUAUUUUUUUCGUAACUUUCUCCCCAGAACGCAGCUCCCUUCCCUGCAAAACCCGGACCCCUAGCUGGAGCCAAACCUUGCCCAACCUCUCUAUUGGGAUAGGUAGGAGACGCCAUGUUUGUUGAAAUCUGAAUGUAGUUCCGGUGGUUUUCGCUUUGCCAUUUGUCGAGUGGUUCUGCAUUUUGAAGUAAAUUGAACUUGUUUAUGGCUUUUCUCAAGUUUGGCUAUGCCAGUAAGCUGUCAGGCAGAAAUCACUUGAUUUAUAGUAGAAAUCUGAUUGAAUUUAUUGGUUUCCAGUUUCUCUCCAUUGGGAUGCAGAUCACCAAAAUUUUGCCCAUGUCAAUAUAAAUUCUGGAAUUUAAGAAUUGUGUGAUGGUACCAUCUUUGUUCAACAAGCUUAUGAUGAAUUGUUUGAUCAGA